AUGAUCAUGGAACUCACCGAAUCCUCCGCGGCUAACCUCAACAACCUCCCGCUUCCGCCGCCGCAACCUCCGCAGAAUCACCACAACGACAACAACCUCCAAGAUACUCGUUCAAUCCUAUGCAUCGACCUAAAUGAGAUCCCUUCACCUUCUUCCUCAUUCCCCGAAACCCUACCCGACUUAACCAUCGACAUCGUUCGUACCUACCACGAAAAUCCAGCGCCACCUCCCGGUGGCCCUGCAGCUCUUCCUGGUGGUAGUACUUCAUGUGCCGUCUGUGCUAAGUCCGGCGGCGGAGGCGGAGGUGGUAAUUGCUUAGUCUGUGACGGCUGUGAGCGGAGUUUUCACUUGGCUUGCGCCGGGAUUCGUGGUGGCGGUGUUCGACAGGUGGCUGCGAGUAUAGGAGAGUGGGUUUGCGGUGAGUGUUUGGCUGGUGGUGUGAAGAGUAAACGGUGGCCGUUGGGUGUGAAGUCGAAGCAGCUUCUUGAUAUCAAUGCUUCUCCGCCUAGUGAUGUUGAUGGCGAAGAGUUGCAUGAUGCGAGAAAGCACACGAUGGGUGAUAAAUCUUUUGGUACCAAUCAAUUUGGUGAUCCAGUGACAUAUUCAACCUUCUACAAUGGGAGUGUGUUUGGCUUGCAAAGGGCUUCUGGAGUCAUGACACAUGCUGUUAGAGUGGGUUUUGAGGAAAUAUUGAAUCACACCCAAGCAAUGGCUAGAAGCUUUGAGGAAGUACCAUCUCAGACUCAGAGUCCAAAUGAGUCAAUUUUGCUGGCACUUAGAGAUUUUAUAUCUGAAAGGCAUGGCGUACUGGAGGAAGGUUGGCGAGUGGAACUCCGACAAUCAAUGAUCAGCCCUGACCUGUAUGCAGUUUAUUGUGCCCCCGAUGGAAAGAUAUUUGAUUCUGUGUAUGAAGUAGCUAAUUAUCUGGGGCUACCGUCUGGCUACAAUUCCAUGGAAUCUGAAAUAAAAAAUGAAAUGUCUCUUUCUUUAGGUGGGCCUCACAUAUCCAGAAAACGAAAGUCUUCUAGAACUCUGGCAGCCAAUGGUUAUGCAGAAAAGCAGGGAGCCAUGAUCAAUAGUAAUUAUAAGGAUUGUUCUUCUGAUGGUUUAAUUAUGGAAUGUGCUAAUGUUCAGGGGACUAUCCCAAAAGCCACUGAGAUUGGAAGAAAAGAGAACAGUCACACCGACCCUGAUCAAUCCGCUGAUGGACUUCCUCUGCAGUUUCAGGACUUCUAUGUUAUUUCCUUUGGAAAAGUUGAUGGGAGAUCUUCAUAUUAUGAUGUUAACCUUACCUUUCCUGUGGGUUAUAAAUCUUCCUGGCAUGACAAGAUUACUGGCUCUCUUUUUACGUGUGAAGUUUUGGACGGUGGUGAUUCUGGACCUAUAUUUAGGAUUAAAAGGUGUUCAUGUUCAGAAUUUCCUAUUCCAGAUGGGUCAACCAUCCUUUCAAUGCAAAGUCAUUGUCAAUUUGUAAGCGAAACCAAUGAAGGUCAGAGAGAGACUAAUGAUAGUAUGGAUUUUGAUGGUGACGAGAGUAUCCAAAUGAUCCUUUUCGAACCUUGUGCCCCAACAGAAAACGACAUCUUAAGUUGUGUUGCCAGUUCCUCAAAUGAAGCAUAUGCAUCAGAAGGAUUAAGGCCAGUUGCUGGUUCAGUUAAAGAUAAUAUUGGAAAUUCAUUUGCUGAUAAUAUAGAUUUUGGUGAUGAAAUUGGUGAAGUUUUGGUUGAAGAGCGGUCCCCAUUCUCAGCAUGGCAACUUAUUUCUCAAAAGUUAGUCAGUGCUUGCAAGGAUAUCUGCAAGAAGAAAGGAACUCUUAAAUUAUUUUGUAAACAUGUUGAAAGUGAGACGGGCUUACAUAAAUGGGGUUUAAGGAAUGGAAAAAGGGAUACCCACUUCCCUUCGUUGGAUAAGUUUUGUGGUUAUCCUGGGUUUGUCAGCAUUCCAGAUACACUGUAUGCAGACAGUGAUCUGACAGGUCUCUAUGAGCUGUUAGGAAAAUGGUUGGAGCAGGAUAGAUUUGGAUUAGAUGUUGAAUUUGUGCAAGAAGUAUUGGAACAGCUUCCUGGCGUGCAGGAUUCUUUGCAAUAUGAACUUUUGAGUAGUAGAACUAAUAGCUCUUCAUUACCAACAGUGGAAAAUGGUUUCCUAGUGGUCGAGUGUAAAGAUCAAUCAAAAUUUCAAGAUGAAGCAGUAGCUGUUCAAGGUUUAUAUAGAAGGCCUAAGAAGGCAAGAUUGACUGAAGAUUUUGUUAAGGAAGACCAAUGUCCACCUCCUGGGAAACCACUGUGCUCUAGGGCUCCCACUGAACUCAUUGGUGACAUUUUUGAGGUUUGGGAGCAUUUGGAUCGAUUUCAUGAAAUUCUAGACCUGAAAGAACCAUUGUUAUUGGAGGAGCUUGAGAAGGAACUUAUCAACCCAUGGUUUGAUGAAUUAGAGUUCCCUGAGAAAUUGGAGAGGGGAAUGGGUAGACAUCAAGUUUUAUGUUCACAAGGGGGUAAUGAUGAUUGCCGACUAAUAAGUGAAGCUGGUCCAUCAGGUUCCACAGAAAGUUCUUUUAUUCAUGUGGAAACAGAAGCUAUGAAAGAGGAAGCCCAAGUUAAGCUUGCAUCUUUCACCUAUGUCAGAUGCUUUGGUGUAGCAUUGACCAAGGCCCAUAAUUCAUUACUAAGAGUGCUAAUAAGUGAACUGCAAUCAAAGGUGGCUGCUCUGGUGGAUCCAAAUUCUGAACCUGGAGAGACUCGGGGUAGACGAGGAAAAAGGAAAGAUAUAGAUAGUGCAUUUCCUGCCAAACGAACUAAAGUCAAUAUGCUUCCUAUUAAUGAAUUGACAUGGCCAGAACUAGCUCGUAGAUAUAUCUUGGCUUUCUUAUCAAUGGAUGGUAAUCUCGAGUCUGCGGAAAUUACUGCCCGUGAAAGUGGUAAAGUAUUUCGUUGCUUACGAGGUGAUGGUGGUUUGCUGUGUGGGUCCCUUACUGGUGUGGCUGGGAUGGAAGCUGAUGCACUGUUGCUUGCGGAGGCAACAACGAAGAUUUUUGGUUCCUUGAGCAGAGAAAAUGAUGUACUCAUCAUGGAAGAAGAUGAGUCUGAUGCAAAGGAUGCUUCUGAAAUGAAAUUGGCGAAUGAUGGUAAAAUUCCUGAAUGGGCACAGGUGCUUGAACCUGUCAGAAAGCUACCAACAAAUGUGGGAACCCGAAUCAGAAAGUGUGUUAAUGAUGCUUUAGAUAAGAAUCCGCCAGAUUGGGCGAGGAAAAUACUGGAACACUCAAUUAGUAAGGCCGUCUACAAGGGCAAUGCAUCUGGACCAACAAAGAAAGCAGUUCUUUCAGUGUUGAAGGAGGUAACUGAUGGAGGGCAGCCAGAUACCAACAAGGAAAGGAAAAAGAAGAUUGUUAUAUCUAUUUCUGACAUUAUUAUGAAGCAAUGCCGCAUUGUAUUACGCCGUGCAGCUGCGGCAGAUGAUUCAAAAGUUUUUUGCAAUUUAUUGGGAAGAAAAUUAGUAAAUUCAACUGAUAAUGAUGAUGAGGGGCUUCUUGGAUCUCCUGCUAUGGUGGCCCGUCCUCUUGAUUUCCGAACUAUUGAUCUAAGAUUGGCUUCUGGAGCUUAUGGUGGAUCUCAUGAAGCUUUUCUCGAGGAUGUUCGUGAGCUGUGGAGCAAUGUUCGCGUUGCUUUUGGGGAUCAACCGGAUUUAGUUGAACUUGCGGAAACGUUAUCCCAGAAUUUUGAACUUUUAUACGAUGAGGAGGUUGUCACCUAUGUCCAAAAGUUUGCAGAGUAUGCUAAAGUGGGAUGCUUGAGUGCAGAAAUGAAAAAAGAAGUUGAUGUUUUCAUUGCAUCAACAAAUGAUAUUCCAAAGGCCCCUUGGGAUGAGGGAGUUUGUAAAGUAUGUGGCGUUGAUAGGGACGAUGACAGUGUUCUACUAUGUGAUACUUGUGAUGCUGAGUAUCAUAAAUAUUGCUUGAAUCCUCCACUUGCAAGGAUCCCUGAAGGAAAUUGGUACUGUCCAUCUUGUAUUGGUGGUAAACAUUCAGCACAAGAUGUCACAGAACCUGCAAAGAUUACUGGAAAACGUAGUAGUAAAAAAUUCCAGGGAGAAGUUAUCUGUCUUUAUUUGGAAGCACUAACUCAUUUAUCGGCUGUAAUGGAAGAAAAAGAAUAUUGGGAGUACAGUGUGGGAGAGAGAACGCUCCUUCUCAAGUUUUUAUGCGGCGAGUUGCUCAGCUCUUCUCUGAUACGACAGCAUCUUGAGCAGUGUGCAGAGUCAUCUGUUGAGUUACAUCAGAAAUUGCGUGCACUUUCUGUGGAGUGGAAAAACCUGAAAAUUAAGGAAGAUGUUUUAUCCACAAAAGCUGCAAAAUUUGAUUUGUUGUCACAAAGUACCAACGGGGAAGUUGGUCUUAAGGACGGGUUCACAUCUUUGUUCUCAAAUACAAGUAAAUGUCUUUUUAAGCCACACACUGCAACCACCAAUCCUAAUGGUCUUAGGGUAUUUGUUGAUAGUCUACCUUCAGAAGAGAUUCCUAAAGAGAAGUCUAAGUUCAAUAGUAUUGAUAAAAGCAUAUCCGCAACACAUUCAGAUUCUGAUAGCCAAAAUAUGAAUUCCAUAGAAGGUCAACUUAGGACUGUUCCUGUGGUUCUGGAGUCUCCAUGUACAGAUAAAUCCCCCAAAUAUUUUCCAUCCCCAAAUCAUAUGCCUCAAGGAAUAAAUGGUUUCAGUGGAGCAACUCAUAUUCAGGGUAUCCACCAGAAAUGUGAGGCAAGGGAUGUAUCUACUUCUGCGUCAUACCAGCAACAGGGACAAUGUGUGCCUUUUGAAGUUUCCCAAAAUGCCGUGAAUGAGUUGGAACCAUACCACCAUGAGCUCAAUACCGUCAAGCAUAAUAUUUCGCUACUUCAGGACUCUAUAACUAGCAUAGGAUCACAGCUCUCGAAGGUCCCUGUUCGCCGGGAAUUUUUAGGUAUUGAUUCCAUUGGUCGACUAUACUGGGCUUUGGGUACACCCAGUGAACGUUCACGUAUAGUUGUUGAUGCAAGUGCUGUUUUUCAGCACACAAAAGGAUUGUCAGUUAGCAAGGAUUUUGUCGAUAAGUUUUCUGCUCUGCAGCAUUGGGCGUUAUCUGAGAAGGAUAACUAUAAGAUGUUAGGACUGAUCAAGGACUGCUCUCGUUUGAGUUUGCAACCACUUAAUGCUUCAGGCAAUAGUUCACCGUGGAUUGCUUAUGAAACUGAUUCAGAAAUCGAAGAGCUAUUGGGUUGGUUAACAGAUAAUGAUCCUAAAGAAAAAGAGCUGAGAGAUUCCAUUAUGCUAGCGCCAAAACAUAAACUUCAAGAGUUUGUUAAUGCAAAUACUGAGUGUCAGGUUGAUGACCAAGGGCCUAGAAAUACACCAUCUAAUUCUCUUGUUGCAAAGGCCACUUCCUUGCUAGAAAAGAAUUACGGUCCCCACUUUGAGUUGGAUAAUGCUGAGGUAGUGAAGAAGCAAAGUAAAAAGAACAGAACAACUACUGAUGAAAAGCUGUGUAGGUGUGAAUGCCUAGAACCCAUAUGGCCUUUUAGGAAACAUUGCUUGUAUUGCCACAAAACCUUUUUGACUGAUGUUGAAUUUGAGGUACACAAUGAUGGCAAAUGUAAUGCAGGACUUCUGGCCUUGGAGACGAAUAAAGAUAAAAAUGGGUCUUCUAAAGGAAGAGGGAACUUGAAAUGUGAUACCUCACAUGAAAAAUCCAGAGCUUAUGCAGAAACAGCUGGAACCUCAAUCAAUAAAUGUUCCAAGCUAAAUUUGAAUUUGAUUAAAUUUUCAAAUGAAGGUUCCUCUUGCCCAUUUGAUUUUGAAGAUAUAUGCUCAAAGUUUGUGACAGAUGAUUCCAACAAGAAACUUGUCAGAGAAAUUGGUCUUAUUGGUUCAGAUGGUGUCCCAUCAUUUGUUCCUUCCAUAUCUCCUUUUCUUAGUGAUUUUAUGCCAUUCUUAUCCCUAAAGGGCGAUGACAUUGUUGGUGGUGUCUCUAAAGCUUCAGAAAACUGGGUUUCUCAGGAAAACACUGAUGGUGCUGGCAUAUGCCAUGACAAUAAAUCAGGAAAAUCCACUCAGAGUUUAGCUGCAAAUGAGAGCAAUGGAACAGGAAAAUCCAGUAAAUUAGGAGAACAAAGAGUUGGAAAGUUAUCAUUUUGUAAUCCGGCUUCAGAUAUGGGAGUCUAUGGCUGCUGCGUGGUUCCUUCGUCGUCCUUGAGACCACUAGUUGGUAAAGUUUCUCAUAUCUUGAGGCAACUGAAGAUUAAUCUACUUGAUAUGGAUGCUGCACUUCCUGAAGUUGCUCUAAGACCAUCAAAGGCACAGUUGGACAGAAGACAGGCUUGGCGUGCAUUUGUUAAAUCUGCUGAGACUAUUUAUGAGAUGAUUCAGGCAACAAUUGCACUGGAGGAUAUGAUUAAGACGGAGUUCUUAAGGAAUGACUGGUGGUACUGGUCAUCAUUCUCAGCUGCUGCCAAAUCUUCUACUUUGCCUUCCCUUGCUCUUCGAAUAUACUCUCUUGAUUCAGCCAUUAUGUAUGAGAAAAUGCCCAAUUCAAGUUUAACUGACAGCUCUGAUCCUCCUGCCGUAGCAGAACACAAACUGGCGAUCACCGUGGAUGCAGAUAAAACCAAAGCAAGCCGGAAGUCAAACAGGAAAAGAAAGGAAUCGGAUGGUUAA